CGGUAGCAAGAGCAGCCGCGCUGUGCGGAAGUGCAGCUGACGUGUCCCGGCCGCGCGGGGGAUUGUGGGGAAACUCGGCUAAUGGCGGCGGCGAGACGAAGCUCCGGGCACAGCGGGCGCUGAAGCUUCUGCCCCGUUGGCCGCUGGCACCGCCGCAGCGGGAGGAGGCGGGGGCGGGCCGCAGGCGACCCCAGCAGCUGCUCGGAGCCUGGCCAAGGAGACGCUCCUGCAGGCCCGGCGGAGCUGAAGGGCCGGGAGGGGAAGAGGGCGAAGGGAGAGGCGGCCGUGGGGGGCCGCAGCCUCGGGUCUCCGCCGCCACGGAGCCCGGAGCGAGGCUGCUGCUGAGGGCGUGUGAGUCAGCAAGCGGGGGGCGGCUCUCCCGGAGCUCGGGGGGAUCAUGUCCUGCACGAACAGCCCCGAGGCGGUGAAGAAGCUGCUAGAGAACAUGCAGAGCGACCUGCGGGCCCUGUCCCUGGAGUGCAAGAAGAAAUUCCCACCUGUCAAGGAGGCUGCUGAAUCAGGAAUAAUCAAAGUUAAAACGAUAGCUGCACGAAGCACUGAAAUUUUGACAGCCUUAAAAGAGAACAGCUCAGAGGUUGUUCAGCCUUUCCUGAUGGGAUGUGGAACCAAGGAACCAAAGAUCACUCAGCUGUGUCUAGCAGCCAUUCAGAGGCUCAUGUCACAUGAAGUUGUUUCUGAGACUGCAGCAGGGAAUAUCAUAAACAUGCUUUGGCAGCUGAUGGAAAAUAGCCUUGAAGAAUUAAAGCUACUUCAAACAGUUCUUGUUCUUUUAACAACCAAUACUGUAGUUCAUGAUGAAGCCCUCUCUAAGGCAAUAGUUCUUUGUUUUCGCCUGCACUUUACAAAAGAUAAUAUUACAAAUAAUACAGCUGCUGCUACUGUACGACAAGUUGUUACUGUUGUAUUUGAGAGGAUGGUUGCUGAGGAUGAACGACAUAAAGAUCUUGUGGAGCAGCCAGUGCUGGUUCAAGGAAAUAGUAAUAGGCGUUCUGUGAGUACCCUGAAGCCUUGUGCGAAAGAUGCAUACAUGCUCUUCCAGGAUCUUUGUCAGUUGGUUAAUGCUGAUGCACCGUAUUGGCUAGUAGGAAUGACAGAAAUGACUCGAACUUUUGGCCUUGAACUACUAGAGUCAGUCUUGAAUGAUUUUCCACAAGUCUUUCUACAACACCAGGAAUUUAGUUUCCUUCUUAAAGAAAGGGUAUGUCCGCUUGUGAUAAAGCUCUUCUCCCCAAAUAUCAAGUUCAGACAAGGUUCCUGUACUUCAUCUUCCCCUGCACCAGUUGAAAAACCGUAUUUUCCUAUUUGUAUGCGUCUGCUGCGAGUGGUUUCAGUUCUGAUUAAGCAGUUUUAUAGUCUUUUGGUAACCGAAUGUGAGAUAUUUCUUUCACUCCUAGUGAAGUUUCUGGAUGCAGAUAAACCCCAGUGGCUAAGAGCAGUUGCAGUGGAAUCAAUUCAUAGGCUCUGUGUGCAGCCCCAGCUGUUAAGGUCCUUUUGUCAAUCUUAUGACAUGAAACAACAUUCUACUAAGGUUUUCCGAGACAUUGUGAAUGCAUUGGGGUCCUUCAUCCAGUCAUUGUUUCUUGUCCCAACGACAGGGACUCCAUCUACUGCAGCAAAUCAAGCUGGAAAUAAUAAUUCUGGUGGCCCAGCCUCAGCACCAACAAACGCAGGAAUGUUGGGAAUGGGCGGAGGUGUUACUGUGCUACCUGCUUUUGAAUAUAGAGGAACCUGGAUACCUAUCCUGACUGUCACAGUCCAAGGGAGUGCCAAAGCAACCUACCUUGAGAUGCUAGAUAAAGUGGAACCUCCAACUAUUCCUGAAGGGUAUGCCAUGUCUGUGGCAUUCCACUGUUUGCUAGACCUUGUACGUGGCAUUACUACUAUGAUUGAAGGAGAGUUAGGACAGGUGGAAACAGAGAGUCAGACUACCACCGAAACAACUUCUUCACCAGCACAAUCAUCAGAACAGCAAGAUUUUCAAUCAGUGUCUGAUCAGACGGAUAAGGAAACAGUUAGCAGAGCUGUGUGGGAAGAAAUGGUGAAUGCCUGCUGGUGUGGCCUUCUUGCUGCAUUGUCACUUCUUCUUGAUGCCAGCACAGAUGAAGCUGCCACUGAAAAUAUUUUAAAAGCUGAACUGACAAUGGCUGCUCUCUGUGGGAGACUAGGCCUUGUAACUUCGAGAGACGCUUUUAUUACUGCCAUUUGCAAAGGCUCCUUGCCUCCACAUUAUGCUCUUACAGUAUUGAACACGACAACUGCAGCUACAUUUUCUAGCAAAUCAUAUUCCAUUCAGGGACAGAAUGUUCAGAUGAUCAGCCCAUCAAGUGAGUCUCAUCAACAAGUUGUAGCAGUUGGUCAGCCUCUAGCAGUCCAGCCUCAGGGGACAGUAAUGCUGACUUCAAAAAAUAUCCAGUGUAUGAGGACUUUACUUAACUUGGCGCACUGCCACGGAGCUGUUCUUGGGACAUCAUGGCAGCUUGUCUUGGCAACUCUGCAGCAUCUUGUGUGGAUUCUGGGGCUGAAACCUGGUAGUGGAGGUGCCUUAAAACCUGGAAGAGCUGUGGAAGGACCCAGUACAGUUCUAACUACAGCAGUUAUGACUGAUUUACCUGUCAUUUCCAACAUACUUUCACGAUUGUUUGAAAGCUCACAGUAUCUCGAUGAUGUGUCAUUACAUCAUUUAAUAAAUGCCCUUUGCUCCUUAUCUCUAGAAGCAAUGGAUAUGGCCUAUGGAAAUAAUAAGGAACCAUCUCUUUUUGCAGUUGCUAAGUUGCUAGAAACAGGACUUGUUAACAUGCACAGAAUAGAGAUUUUGUGGAGACCUUUAACUGGCCAUCUUCUUGAGGUUUGUCAGCAUCCAAACUCUCGAAUGAGAGAAUGGGGAGCAGAAGCCUUAACUUCACUUAUUAAAGCAGGAUUAACAUUUAACCAUGAUCCUCCACUUUCACAAAAUCAGAGGUUACAGUUGCUUUUAUUGAACCCUUUGAAGGAGUUAUCCAGUAUUAUCCACCCUGAUAUAAGACUCAAGCAAUUGGAAUGUGUAUUACAGAUUCUGCAGAGUCAGGGAGACAGUCUUGGGCCUGGAUGGCCAUUAGUGCUUGGGGUUAUGGGAGCAAUCAGAAAUGAUCAAGGAGAAUCUUUAAUAAGAACUGCAUUCCAAUGUCUUCAGUUGGUUGUGACAGAUUUUCUACCAACAAUGCCUUGCACCUGCCUACAGAUAGUUGUAGAUGUUGCAGGUAGCUUUGGACUUCAUAAUCAGGAACUUAAUAUUAGCUUAACAUCAAUAGGCUUACUGUGGAACAUUUCAGAUUAUUUUUUCCAAAGAGGUGAAACUAUUGAAAAAGAAUUGAAUAGAGAAGAGGCAGCACAACAGAAGCAAGCAGAGGAGAAAGGAGUAGUUUUAAACCGUCCCUUCCAUCCUGCACCUCCAUUUGACUGUUUGUGGCUGUGUCUGUAUGCCAAACUUGGUGAACUCUGUGUGGAUCCACGGCCUGCUGUCAGAAAAAGUGCAGGGCAGACUCUCUUUUCUACCAUUGGGGCACAUGGAACCUUAUUGCAGCACUCAACAUGGCACACUGUUAUAUGGAAGGUUCUCUUUCAUCUCCUGGACCGAGUUCGAGAAGCUUCUACUACAGCUGACAAAGAGAAGAUUGAGUCAGGUGGUGGCAACAUACUCAUUCAUCAUUCAAGAGACACAGCAGAGAAACAGUGGGCUGAGACGUGGGUAUUAACAUUGGCUGGAGUUGCAAGAAUUUUCAAUACAAGAAGAUACUUACUGCAACCUCUAGGAGAUUUUCCUAAAGCUUGGGACGUUCUUCUUGAUCAUAUACAAUCAGCUGCACUCAGCAAAAAUAAUGAAGUUUCUUUGGCUGCUCUGAAAAGUUUCCAGGAAAUUUUGCAGAUUGUUUCCCCUAUGAGAGAUUCUGAUAAACCUGAGACACCACCAGCAGUUAAUGUACCUGUGCCUGUCCUUAUAGGGCCAAUGUCUACUCCUGGUCUAAGUAGGCCAUUUAUGAGAACAGAUUCCAUUGGAGAAAGACUUGCACGAUACCCUGGAUCUGAGCCUUCUAUAGUUACAGAUGAGAUUGAAGAUUUGAAUCUUUGGUGGGCUGCAUGGAAUACCUGGUAUAGAAUUGGAUCAGAAAGUACUAAGCCACCUCUUACUUGUGAUAAACUAACUUUUAUUCCCAGCCAGCCUUUUCUUACAGCUUUAAUUCAGAUAUUCCCAGCUCUCUACCAACAUAUAAAAACUGGCUUCAGCAUGGAUGAUCUUCAGAAGUUGGGUAUCAUCUUACACAGUGCUGUCUCUGUCCCUAUCAGUUCAGAUGCCUCUCCUUUCAUCCUUCCAUCAUACACUGAAGCAGUUUUGACAAGUUUACAGGAAGCAGUACUUACAGCUCUAGAUGUUCUCCAAAAGGCCAUCUGUAUAGGUCCAGAAAACAUGCAAAUAAUGUAUCCAGCAAUAUUUGACCAGUUACUGGCAUUUGUAGAGUUUUCUUGUAAACCUCCACAGUAUGGACAGCUGGAAACAAAGCACAUUGCAAACGCAAAAUACAAUCAGAUCCAACUAUUUGCACCGGCAGAAUGGGUAGCCUUGAAUUAUGUACCAUUUGCAGAGAGAUCUUUAGAAGUGGUGGUGGAUUUGUACCAAAAAACAGCUUGUCACAAAGCUGUAGUGAAUGAGAAAGUACUUCAGAAUGUUAUAAAGACUCUUAGGAUACCUCUUAGUUUGAAGUAUUCCUGCCCUUCUGAAACCACGUGGAAGUUGGCAGUAUCUUCUCUGCUCAAAGUUCUGUCUAUUGGACUACCUGUUGCAAGACAGCAUGCUUCUUCUGGGAAAUUUGACAGUAUGUGGCCAGAACUAGCCAGCACAUUUGAAGACUUUUUAUUCACUAAAAGCAUACCUCCAGAUAAUCUUUCUAUUCAAGAAUUUCAAAGAAAUGAAAGUAUUGAUGUUGAGGUGGUACAGCUGAUCAGCACAGAGAUACUGCCUUAUGCUAAUUUUAUUCCCAAGGAUUUUGUGGGCCAGAUAAUGACUAUGCUUAAUAAGGGCUCCAUACAUUCUCAGUCAUCUUCAUUUACAGAAGCAGAAAUUGAUAUUCGAAUGAGAGAAGAAUUUUCUAAAAUGUGUUUUGAAACACUACUCCAAUUUUCCUUCAGUAACAAAGUGACAACACCUCAGGAAGGCUAUAUCUCACGAAUGGCCCUCUCAGUGCUCUUGAAGAGAUCUCAAGAUGUCCUACAUCGCUACAUAGAGGAUGAAAGACUCAGUGGCAAAUGUCCCCUUCCAAGGCAACAAGUGACAGAAAUCAUAUUUGUUUUAAAAGCAGUCAGUACCCUUAUUGAUUCACUUAAGAAAACUCAACCAGAAAAUGUUGAUGGCAAUACCUGGGCACAAGUAAUUGCCUUAUACCCAACUUUAGUAGAAUGCAUAACCUGCUCGUCUCCAGAAAUCUGCUCAGCACUUAAAGAGGCGUUAGUUCCCUUUAAGGACUUCAUGCAUCCACCAGCAUCCAAGGUACAGAAUGGAGAAUCUUGACCACACAUUUAUAUUUAAAGGAAAAAAAUCCAAAAAAAAAUGUUUGCUUCUGAAUGAGCAGGACUCACUUUUGCUUCUAUGAGAAGGACAUCUCUUGCAAAUAAUACUUGGCAGCUGUUGUUGGCUUCCUUUUAAUUGUACUAACAGAAACUUGGUGAUGUAUGUAUACUACAAGCUUACACCUCAAAAAAGUUCAACAAGAGUAGCAGUGCAAGCCUUUAAUAAAUUAAACUGAAUGGAUGGAAUCAUUUAUAAUCUAAUGUGCCUGCUACAUUAUAUAGAAGUGUUGACUGAAAAGUGGGCUUAUGUACAGUUUGUGGUGUAUGUGUUAAUGAUGUAAUUUUAAAGAAGUAUUUCAAUUCAGUCCUUUAUUAGGCUGGUGUUUUGCACCCUUUUUGAAGUACAAAAUUGUACAAAAAUUUUAUGCAAGAUGGUACUGUAACAUUCCAUAUUGUCUGUAACCAGCCUUUGUAAACAAAGGGAGAUGAUAUACUUGUGUAUACAAUAAAUGGUACAGUUCUGUAUAAAAUAGUUGCAUUUAUUAUUUAAAAUUUUUAAAGUAUUGAUGAUGCUAAAUGCUUGAGGAUAUGUAUUUAUUAUGAAUGCAGAAUUGUAUGCUUACAUUUUUACUUAUUUUACUUUAUUGAUUAGCAGAUACGAUCAUGCAGUUAGCUUUGUGCUUAUUUUGAAUGUAUUUACAAUAGUGAUCUGACAUCUGACUAGAAAGGUCAUAUUAAGACAGUGGCAAAUAGUCAAUGUUUGUUGAUUUAAAAUUUUGAAGUGUUUGAAAUAGACUAAUUUUAAUACAUUGAGAUACUGUAGCAUUAUGACUCCAUACCUCAUUUCUUUAAUAUCUCUUGCCAAUUUGCUUUAUUCAUUUUUGUAUUUUCCUUCUGGAUUUUAAAUAGUAUUUCUACUGAUGCUUACUCUCACUCCCCACUAAUGACAUUUGUCACUGUCUGAAUUAUGAUCUAAGCAGAUUGAUUUAAAAUAGCCUAAAAUUUUGACUACAGAUUUUAUUCAUUUCACUUAUCUUCACUGUUUCAUUUUGUACGUCUUUUCAAUGAGGGAAAUUCUUGUGCUAAACUUUAAGUAGAAAAUGAGUGUGUAUUAUAAAACAAGGAGAUGUGUAUUUUUGGAGAUAGUCAUACAUUUAGAAGUAUGGUAAACUUUCUGUCAUGGAGUAAAAUGCUCUUUUGUUUCACUUUCCUAAACCUAAAUAUUGGAGAACACAGUACUUUUACUUGUUUCUUUAAAAAAAAAAUUAUGUCCUAGCUGAAUAUGCUUUUUGUUUCAUGGAUUAUAAUAUAGUAUUUUUUAGUUAAAAUUUUCAUUGAUUGGAAGGGAUAAUGAUGUUUAAUGCAAUUAUUUGUAAGAAAUACAAAUGAUGUUGUGUGCUGAAAAA